UUGGGGCCAUUUACACUUUCGUUCACCUGAAGACGCCAAAAACUUUUAUGAUCUUGUAAAAGCGAAGAUCCCAAUGCCUGGUCCUAGUAAUAAGAAAUUCUACUUCGCAAUGGGAAAGAAAACAGAUUUCGAAGAGCAUAAUGGUGAAGAUGUUGACGGCGAAAGUGCUGAUGAUGUUGACGGCGAAAGUGCUGAU